AUGUCGAUUAAAGAUUUGAAAAUCGAGGCUACUCGCUAUAAUUAAGGUGAAUCUAUAAAAUCUAAAGAUUGGGAGCUAGUUAGAAAAAAGGUCUUUGAGGAAGAAGAUCUUUUAUGGAAUGAUUCAUAAUUAAAAAUAAAUGAAGCCAAAGAAAAGCCUUUAAAUCCAAAUUAGAUUUUUUAAAAAUUAGAGAAUGAUAUGAUUUAAAAUAGCGAUGAAAAGUGCUUGAAGUCUAUGAACCAAAGCAUUAAGAGUUAAAAUACACGAAGACGGAAUUUGUUCUCUAAAAAAAGCUCUAGUAGAACUGGGACAAUUGAACUGGAAAUAUCUAAUUUAAAUGAAAUAACAUUUUUAAAUUAGCCAUAGCGUGAACUUUUAUCAAGAGAAUAAACCAACUUACAACAAGGGACAAAAUAAAAUGGCAGUAAAAUUAACAAAACAAUUGAAUCUAAUAAGCAAUUCUUUAAGAUGGUUUCUCUAAUAGCAAAAAUAAAAAUAAAAAUGAGAGGUUUUUAUCAAAAUUUUACUAAUAUUAAAAGAUCAAGACUUCUUAGUAGAGAUAUACGCAUGAUUAUAAACGAUCAAAGUGAUGGAAUACAAACUAGAGAUAAUUUGUCAAAUAUCAGCUACUUUAAUUCUUAAACUUAAGAAGGUGCUGAAAUUAUUACAGAAAGAAAAAAAGCUAUGAAAAUUUACCUCAAGAAAAAGUUAAUUUUUGAUAUAAUUCCUUUUACUUUGAAUAUGCUUAUAUUUGACCAUACUAUUGCCUGCUUAUGGUACUUAAUUGGUCACAUAGAAAUCAUGUACUUUGAAGAUGAUAAUUCUUGGCUAGCCUAAGAUUAAUAUAAAAAUGAAUUUUGGUGGAACAUUUAUUUUUCUGCUCUUUACUGGUCCUUGACUUUGAUUUCCACUGGUUCUAAUAUUUGCUCAGCAAAUUUAGAGAUUAUGUUCACAACAGUAAUCAUUUUGUUUUCAGGCAUGUCCUUUGGUUAUAUAAUUACAAUUAUUGGUGAUAUUUUAUCUGAAAUUAACACAAAAGAGGUAAAAAGGAAGUAAGGUACAAAUGUUAUUAACAACUACAUGAGGCAAACUAAUAUUUCAAAGGAGCUGCAAGCUUAAGUUAACUUGUAUCUAUAAUAAUAUUACUAAAAUAACUUCUUUGAAGAACAAUAAAGUAAUUAAUAAGUUUUAGAUAAGCUUCCUGCUGAUUUGUAAGAUUGCUUAAAGAGAGAAUAAUUUAAAAGUCUUGUACCCCAAAUAGAUUUUCUAUUUAAAAAUUUACUAUGUAUCUAGACUAUAGAAGACCUCACUUUGUUCAUGUCAGAAGAGUUUUAUUUGCCAAACUAGAAGCUUAACUUAAACGACGGAUAAUUUUUGCUUUUUAUAACAUAAGGAUAAUUGACGAUAUUUUAAAAUGAUGCAUAAGAGUAUUCACGCGAAAAAGGAGCUAAAUUAAAUGUUGGACAACAUUUUGGCCUAAUUAAUUUUAUAACUGGGAUUUCUUCUGAAAGUAAUGCGAAAUCGAGCAUGUUCACUAAAGUAGUGAAGAUUAAUAGAGUAGAUUUUUUGAAGGUUGUAUAAAAAAAUGAGGUUGAGUAUUAAAAAUUUUGCGAGCUGAAAGAUAGAAUUCAAUUUUAUGAAGAAUUUAAAAGCCUCAAUUUAAAAUGCAACAUUUGUAACUCUUUCUAUCAUUUAGACAAAAGUUGUGAACUUAUUAAUAUUAACCGAAAAUAAAUAUAUUACAAAUAAAAAAUUAACUAAUAAGAAUAGCAAAAAAGAAUUCCUUUUAAGAGACUAAAUUUAAAAAAUCACAACCCAUUAAUAAUUAUUUAAAGCGUAAAUGAGCAGGCAUAAAACUUUAUAGGCGACAUUAAGAAGUUAAAAGAAACAGAUAUAAUAGAACUACUAGAUUUAACUAUCAGUGAUACAGAAUAAUCUUAAUUUGAAGAGAGGUCAUCAUAAUCAUAGCUACAGCAAUCGUAAGAAGAAUAAGAAUUAGAAUUUGAAUCAUAGAAGUAUUCAUAAAAUGUAGCUCAUUAAAAAAUAGACUAGGGCUUAAGAAAGCAAAGCACAUUAGGGAGAAAUUUACCAAAUAAAUAAUCAUUUAAAGACCUAGAUGAAUAAUAAAUAGGAUUUGAUUCUAUUUAAAUACUAAAAUAUGAUUUCUUAUCGGACCGAGUGAUAUAAUAAAGUAAUGAAUCAAAUAGAAAUUAGAAUUCCUAGCCAGUAUUGAAUGAAAAUCAUAUUACUGCUAUUAAAGAUUUCGAAAAAAUUAAUAAAUGUCAUUCAGAAGAUAAAAUUGAUAUUUAAAACUUCACAAUUCAAAAUAAAAAAUAAACAUUUUAAAUUACAUAAAAAGAUAUUUAGAAUUAAAAAUUUAAAUCUCCAUUAAGUUCUAUCUUUGAAAAUCCAUAAGAAAAUAACUAAAAAUAAAUCUUAUAAAAAUAGUUUGAAAGUUCUUUUUAGUUACUGAGUUAGAUAUUUUAAAGCAAUAAUAAUAAUAACAACAACAACAACAACAACAACAACUGCAAUAAUAAUAACAAUAACAUUAAUAAUAGUAACUUUAAUAUUAAUAAUAACACUCAUAAUAUAAAUCUCUUCAAAAAAAUUUAAGAUUUUUAAUAAACAAACAAAAAAAAAGGAAGUUUUUAGUACCUAUAACUCAUAGAUUAUGAAUUUGAUUUACAAAAAGAUUUCGAAAGCUAUUUUGUUUGUGGAAACUUUAAAGAAAUUCAAUUAAGACUGCAAAAAUAAGUUAAAAAGAAGUUAAAAAGAGCGCAUAGAAGCUUUUUUGUGCCAUCAAAAAAUUGA